AUGAAAAUCACAUUUUUGUUGUCUGCGUUGGUUUUACUGGAUCACUUUGCUUGCUGUCAUGCUUAUCCACAAUAUCCCUUGCCUGACAUAGAAGAUGCAAAGUUCAUUGAAGACUGUGUGAGAGCCCACAACACGUUUCGAUCCAAAGUGAAUCCACCGGCCAGCAAUAUGUUUCGCAUGUCCUGGGAUGCUGCUUUAGCUAAGACUGCGAAAGCGUGGGCAAAGAAGUGCAAGUUUCAGCACAAUGUUUACCUUAAAAGGCCGGGGAAGGUGCACCCCACCUUUACUCCUGUUGGAGAAAACAUCUGGACUGGCACAGCCACCAUCUUUUCCGUGGAUGCAGCUCUCAGUGACUGGUUUAAUGAAGUCAGCAGCUAUGAUUUCAGGACCAAUAGCUGUACUGACAUGUGUGGUCACUACACCCAGGUUGUUUGGGCAGAGAGUUACAAAGUUGGCUGCGCAGUUCACUUCUGCAGGACAGUCGAAAAUUUUCCAGGACUCCUCAGAGCAGCACAUUUUGUUUGUGACUAUGGGCCAGCGGGGAAUUACCCAAGAAAACCAUAUAAAGCAGGACAACCGUGCAGUGGAUGCAGUAAUGAGAAGUGUGCAGACAAGCUCUGUGGAAAUAUGGAACGUGAGAAGCUGAUCAAUUAUGCCUACUGGUAUCCAGACUGGGAUACACAGCCCCAGCCACCUCAGCCCCAUCCCCCAAGGCCUCCUGUGACGCCGUACAUCCCACCUGCUAAGCAUCCGCAUCCCUCUUGUGACCAAUACUGUCUUAGUGUUUCAAUUUUAAGGCCACUGUUUUUGGUACUGAGUGUUGGUGCUGUUCUUUUAGUACAACAGUGGUUUCCACACACAUUUUUUUAUGAGUAA